AAAAUGAAACUAGGCCUAAUCAUUUUUAUGCAUUGGCCUAUAUUGGGGUCCCCAAAGUUUGGGCGUGUAGCAUAAGGUACUUGAUCUAGUCGCUACUGAAUGAUUUACACACUUGAACAUACUUUGUUGGUAUUAAAGUUAGAUCUAGUAGGUUUAUAUUCAUUGCGUGUCCUUGUAUUUUCUUGGCAUAAAGACCUACUUUCUGUUUGUAAUACAAUGACGUCACUUCCAUAUGCAAUGGCGGCUAGAAUCCCUCCCCUGCUUCCGCAUUCAUGACAGACGAAAGUACAUCCGUUAUUAUUUCUCUACAUACAACACGAUUGAUAACAUCUUGAAAUAUAUAAACGAAUGCUCGAUGGUCUUAAAAUGACAUCGAGUUCGAAAAUACCACAAGAAAUUAAAGGUAAGCCAAUUUGAUAGCAUAGAAGACUUGCACUAAAUGUAAACAUCUCCGAAGAAGAGCAGCUGACAAGAAAAAAAUGUUUUGUUAUGACUAACCAUAGUUGUGCGACCGGAUAAACAUCCUAAUGAAGCUUCCGACGGACAAAAAUAUAAUUAUAAUCACAACAAUGCACUCGUCCCAGUCCUUUAAGCACACUUUCAUGGUUAACAUGGUUUAUGAAUAAUAAUUUUUAAGCCUUUGGCUAACAACGGUGUAUAAGUAGUCCAUUGAGAGGUUGACCAGGAAAAUCUCUUAUGUGCUAGUAGAGUGUAUAUGUACAUGUUAAGGGAAACAAGGAUGUAAAGCAAAUAUAAUGAGCAUAUACUCCAUAGGGAAUCUAUACUGAACUGUGACAAACAGGGAAUUCAUUGGUACUGCUUGUAACAUGGAGCCUGCAAUUCCUGUUGCUCCACCCAGAAAACGACGAUCAAUCCAAGUUGAAAAUGCAGUUCAUGCAUCACGUGUGUCUACAUUAACUAUCGAAAGUUUAGGUAAAAAAAUGGAAUCUACACCACGUAAAUCUGUGUCGCCCUCAAUGUUGAGCUUGGAUACAUUUUCAGAUAGCAUCCGAGAAGUCCUAGGCAAGAAUGUCACCCUUUAUCAGAAAUGUAUGGUGAAGCACGAAGUCCGGCCUGAUAAAUUUGAGAGGAAGAUAGUUGGUUUGACAGGAUGCAGAUUGUACCUAUUCAUCGUAAAAACUCCCAUCAAGGUGGAUCAAGAUCACAGCUUUUUGGACAUCCAAGCCUUAGAAAGCAAAAAGAAAAAUCAGUUGACUAUCACUGUAACAGAUGGAAAACCAAUAUCUUUGGUUACACAGGACGCUGAGUCUGAUGACAUUGAUUUAAUGAUAACACACAUUGGCAGGUCGCUGAAAAACAUAUUCCCACUAUUUCCCAUCGAGAGAUUUAUAAAAAAGAUGGAUGUACAGCCCUCAGAUCGCCUGCGGCCGAUGAUGGACAUCAUGAAAGAAAUAGAGAAGAAGGACCAGGGACCCUGCGGGGGGUACUCCAUUAUGUACGCCUGUAUGUGUGAUUUCCAUAACACCCCAUACAGAGAGGAGGUGGCAUGGGAUGUUGACACCAUUUAUUUGUCCCAGGAUUCAAGAGAGCUCAACCUGCAGGAUUUUGAUCAUUUAAAUCCAAAAGAUCUUGUUCCCAUAAUUGGAGCUCUGGAAAACAAUACAUGGUUCACAAAGUUCACUGCCAGCAAAAUCAGACUGACUUCUGACGCCCAGAGUGAGAUUCUGAAAGUGAUGAAGAAAAACAAUGCUUUAGAAGAGCUCGAUUUAAGCAGCACUGGGAUCACUGUUGAUUUUGUCCAGAAAUUAGCAACAGCCAUUUUGUCCAACAGUGCUUCACAGUUACAGAGGAUUGAUUUGUCCAAGAAUUCGCUAGAUGAUAAAGCUAUGAUACACUUUAUUGGAUCACUGAAGAACUUAUCUAAGGGGCUGGUGCACCUGGACAUUUCUAACACCAGGAUCAUAGGCAAGGGUUUGAGUAAAGUGGCUGAGAGUCUUUCACAGAGUCCAACCAUUGUACAGUCUCUACAUUCCCUGAAUAUCUCAGAAAAUCCUGGCAAAGGGGAGGACAUGCAGAAUUUAUACAACUUCCUGGCCCAGGGAAACAACAUCACUUAUCUUGAUCUCUCUGGGAUAGAUUGUGCUUUAGAUCUGCUCUGUGCGGCUUUACUAAGAGGAAGUUGUGCGUCCUUGACCCAUUUAAGAGUAGCAAGAAAUGUCUUCACUAACAAGAAAUCCAAAGAGGUGAUUGUACAGGGAACAUGGAAGACUUUUUUCUCCAGCGUGUAUGGCCUGGAGUUGCUGGACUUGUCCGGUUGUAGAAUACCCCCUGAGGCUCUCAAAGAGAUGCUUUUAGGAAUAGCUUGUAAUAUGCACAUCAAGAACCUUCACCUUGACCUCAGCAGCAAUGACCUUCAGUCACAAGGUGGACAAGUACUGGGGAGCUGUAUUGGAAAUAUCAGCAGUAUCACCAGUCUAGAUAUCAGUAAUAAUAAUUUGAACCAAUCAAUCAUGAGUUUACUGGAAUUGGUAAAGAGCAAUAAGAGUGUUAAGUCUCUGUCGAUUGGACAAAACUUCGACAACAUCAAACCAAAACUCAUGGCUGGUGUAAUGGAGAGUGUGGUCAAUCUGAUUCAAGAUGAAUCCUCGUGUAUAGAAUCUUUGUCUCUUGCUGAUUCCAAGCUCAGAAACAACCUCUCUGAUAUCAUAAAUGCCCUUGGCAGUAAUGUGACCUUGACUGAAAUAGACAUCAGUGGGAACCAGAUUGGGGAUUUUGGAGCGCGAAUGCUAAGUAAAGCCCUUCAGAUUAACUGCAAGUUACGUUGCAUUCUGUGGGACAGGAAUUUAAUCACAGCUCAGGGCUUCGAGGACAUUGCUGUAGCUCUGCAAAAGAAUUAUGCCCUAAGGAAAAUGCCCAUGCCAAUUAAUGAUGCUGCUGUAGCCCUUCAAAAACAAGGAGAGAGAACUGAAUCUGCUCUUCAGAAGAUAGAGAGUUUGCUGCAGAGAAAUCAUAGCCCCCAGAAAUUCUCCUCGGACCAGGCGUACAGGCUGCAGCAGGGGUUCCUCAUCAGCUCCACCCAACAGAUGGUUGACCGUCUCGUGGUACAGGUACAGGAUACUGUGAAUGCCCUCAGUCUUGGGUCAACCGACGCCUACCAGACAGACAUUGACCAAGCCGCAAGUGUCAUCAAAGAUGCUGAUAAUUCUAAACAGCUGCUACCUCACCUACAAAGAAUAGCUGUACAAUCAUUGGAGGCUGGAAACCCAGUGGAGUCCGAAGUAAAGGAGCUAACUAAUAACCUAAAAACAACCCUGCAGACCCAAAUCAAGAGAAUUGUCACAGACAUGAUAGAAUGCACUGGAAACCAAUGUGCAGGGGUCACUGCAGAUAAGGAUUUCAUGGUUGAGUUGGUAUCUGGGUGUUCUGACAGGAGUACUCUUCCUAAAGGUUUUACCAAACAUCUGAUGGAUGGGGUGGAAACUGACAUCUACAACAAACUCAGUGAAAUCAACCUUGCAGUGGCAGCUCACAUAUCUGAUACAGUCAUUGACGGUGUGAUAGAGACACUGACUGGGAGCCACAAAACACUGAUGUCCCAUCUAAAACAAAAGAGGUCAGAAAACCGACCAGCCUCUGCGGACUCCAAAGACAAAGAACUAGAAAAAGUGGAGGAAUCAGAAAAAGUGCCCCUCAGGAUCUCCAUCAAAGCUGACUCCCCGGGGUAUAUUGCGUACAUGGUUCCGUAUGUGCAGACUCUCUCCUAUGUUCGUAAUACACCGAACUUAAGCAACAAAAGAAAGAGUGUUCAUGCGAGGAAGAUGAGGCCGCCCACGGUUAUCGAUCCACAGCAGGUUGCUCAAGCUUUACAAAUUCACCGAGCCAAGGAGAAUGACCCUGAUGAGUUAAAGGUUAACGAUGACACAGAGGUCAAGCGCACUGAAACCAUAUCAGAAGUUGGAUCACAGGAGGAUCUGACUGCUGUGGUAACUAACCAUAAACCAGAAAAGCUUGAAUUAGAUACACUGGGUGAUCUACCAGACACUUCUACAAAGCUUACCCACAUUGCCAAAUCCCGACCCAGGGGCCCACAGCGACGACGCCCAUCUGCCCGCCCACAAGAGAACGGAAGAGAAGCCAGUGAUGGGCUGAAGGCGGAUGAGGGGCUGGACGCUUUCUUCACAAGUAAUAAAGCUGCAGAGGUUGGAACAGCCCACUCAAAAAAGGAAACACCCAAGUCCAGCAAGUCUGAGAAGAAAGAAAGCGGUGAUAAAGGGUCAGACAAGAAAAGUGACCUGCCUCCAAAACCUAUAACGGAGAAACCAAAGAAAGGCUGGUUUGGUCGUAACACAAAGGAGCAGAAAGACCAGCCAGAGGAGAAGGCUAAAGGGGGAAUCGCUAGUAAGUUGUUUGGUAAGAAAGGCUCUGAUGUCAAGCGCUCAUCAUCAGACAAAAAGGAAAAGGCACCUCAGAAGCCGGAAAUCCCAGUCAAGGUCGAGGAAGUCAGUACAGGGACCAAGGAAACUCCAGAGGAGGAACCGGAAAUAGACACUAAAUCACUGACAGAGAGUUCUACUCCUGAAGCCACCCCAGAGAAAAAAGAGGAAGAAAAAGAGACUGAAGACACAGUGCUGGAGGAGAAAAAGGAGGAGCCGCCCAAGAGACGGCCUCCUGUGGGAGGAGUUGGAAUUAUGGGCGGACCUAUGAACGUAAACCUGUUCUCUGAGAUGAAGACCAACAAACGAUUUUCCACACUGAAUGCAGACAAAGAGGAAAGGAAACCAACAGUGGCUUUGCUUCCUCCCGGGAAGAAAUCCCCCACAAGCAAUCUCCCUCCACCCUUCAAAGAGACAGCAAAGGAGUCUCCACUAAAACCAGUGGAGGAGACAAAGCCAGAGGUGGAGUCGAAAGUGGAGUCGAAAGUGGAAAAUCCACCUAAAGUGGAAACAAAAGAGGAGGUGCCCUCCACUGAAGAUAAGGCCAGUCUUGAGGACAAACCAGAGAAGGAGGACAAAAUGGAAAGAAAGGAGGACAAAACAGAAAGAAAGGAGGACAAAACGGAAAGAAAGGAGGACAAAACGGAAAGAAAGGAGGACAAAACAGAAAAAAAGGAGGACAGCGAGAGUAAGCCAGCACAGGAGAGUAAGCCCAACCCAGCAGCUAAGUUUGGAGGCAUGCUGAACCAGGUGAAGGCCAAGCCAUCUCCCUCUCCUCGAACAGUUCUCAGGAAGGUGGGCGAGGACUCUGCUCCCUCAUCCUCUUCAUCCUCAUCACGAUCCUCAAGAUCAUCGAGUGAGAUCUCUAAACCAUUACCAUUGCGGCCAAAGCCACCACCCAAGGCUCCCAAGCCGAUUAGCAUGGUGCGAAAGUCCGAGGAAUCAAAAGAGAAAGAGUCCUCUAAAGAGAGUCUAGCAAAGGAAGACGUUCCUAUAGAAACGGAAAGUAAACAGGAAGCGGAUUCUAGUCAGAGCAACAGCGGGGUAGUGGUGGAUUCCGCAACACUUCGUCUCUCUGUCGGAGAGAAAAUUAAACGACUGAGCCAGAAGUUACCAGAUCCUGAGAACCAGCCCACCUCCAGCAAAUCUAGUUCUCUACCCAAAAAUAUCUCAUUGAAAAGUUCUGUAAACUCUGAAGUCAAUGAGAACGGUGAAUCUGGGAAAACGGACAAUGAAAAGGAAGUGGAAAAAUCAAAGGAUGAGAAAUCUGAAGAUUCCAAACAUUCAUCUGACUCGGACAAGUCAGACACAUUGGGAGAAAGUGCAAUAGAAACAAGGGAACAAUUGUCUGAUCAGGAAAUCAUGGUUUAAUCACAUUUCGCUCUUAGUAUCAUCACAUGAUUAUUGUUCGAUUUGUAGGGAGACCUCUCAUACUCAUUUAUUGCUUUUAAUUAAAGGGAAGCAAUCCAGUCAUCUGGAUUGUUCUUAUCGUGAUUGAAGACAUCUUUACUGUUACGUCUUAUUCAGUGAAUUCUCAGGUUUGAAUAUGGAAAUGUAUUCAUAAUUUUGAUACAAAAUUUCAAACCAAACAUGUUAUAUUUUUUAUAAAAGAUGUAAUAAAAUUGUUUAAGUAUAUUAAAUAUAUGUACAUUUUCCCAAAUCUAAAAUGCCUUCAUUUGGACAUUUUCUCUUCAAGUACUCUUUAUUUUUGUUGGUUUCUUAGCAGGAACUGAGAGUCAUGCAUAUUAUUGAAGUGUGAAUAGUAGUUUCUGAGAGAUAUAGAUGGAGAAUCAUUAUAUUGAAUUGCUUGGCUUUUCAGACUGGUGACAGUAGGUUAGAUGAGUGAAAAAGUAGCACUAGAUUUAGUAUGCGACAAGAUUAUCUUUUGAUGUCCUUUAAUUACUUUGUAAACAAUCAUUUAUUACAAUGUGAAUAUUGAUGUAGUGCUUUAAGAGACCAUCUAUGUAUUUAACUAGCUUGGUACUCACUUUGAAGAUGUAUCUUGCAUGAAUAAUGUCCAAGACGAUUGGGCUGAGCUCAUCUUUCUUUUUUGAUUUUGUUUUUUUGUUUUUUCCUCAUUCACAUAAGAAAAAAGACAUAAAUUUGUGAAGAAAGCAUAGAAAUAUAUUUUCUUUAAGAUGGUGGAAAUGAUUUUGUAUCUUUUAUUUCUUGCUGUAAUGACCAUGGCAACAGUGUUUGACUCAUUUAUAUUCUAUAUUCAUAUUUGAGCUGAUACCAUGGAAAUACUUUUGUAUUCACUAAUACAUUGUCUGUGAUAGAAGAUAGAUUUAAUAUGUGUAUUUCAAAAUAAAUCCCUGCAAUCAUCUGAAGAUCAGGCAGGCUUUUGCUAUUGAUAUGGUGAACAUUUUCUUUUCACUGUAAAUUUGCUGAAUAUUUUCCUUUCGCUAUUAAUGUGCUGAAUAUUUUCCUCUGACAUGAACAUUAUAAAACCUAUGCACAAUGUGUUCAUUUUUUUCUUAGAAUACAAUAGCGGUAGCAACAUGCUGUACAGGUAGUUAGGUUUACAGUUUUUAAUGGUAUCUUGUGUAAUAUUUUUGUAUUUUUUUUGUAUUGGUAAUGAGUAUUUUCUGGUAACGAGCAUAAUGUUUUAUAAAGUAGUGUAAGUAUAGAUAAUAUGCUGGCCAUGCCAUCAUGAUUAUGUAGAGAUUGACUUAACUUUUAUUUAAUGACAGAUUUGGUGUAUAUAUAUAAUGGUGCUCUUUUCAUACAUAAAUGCUAUUAAUGGUUUUUUGAUGUAGGAAAUUGCUCUCUCUCUCGUUAUUGUUAUCAUUCAGAACUGUUGGUAGAACCGUGUAUGUGUAUUGUCGUGAUAUCACAUUUUAUCUGUAAAUCAUGUGUAUAUUGACAUGACUGUAGAAGAUAGUAGGCAGAUUUUGAUAUCUCAGUAACACUUCUGUUAUAUAAGGUAUUCUGUUAUGCAGCUCAGAUCUAAUUCUGGAAGCAAAGUAAGCUAUAUACAUGUAUGGAAAAGAAAUUACAUUUAUUCACGUUUUCGUCUUUAUAAGCAUCUUGUUAACCUGUACAGGUAAAGAUGUCCCUGUAUUAUCUCGUUAACCUGUAAAGGUAUCCCUGUACCAUCUCGUUAACCUGAUCAUUGUACCGUCUCGUUAACCUGUACAAGUAAAAGCAUCUCUGUACCAACCUGUAGGUUGUGAAUUCAAGUCCUAUAUGAUCAAUUCUAUGUUUAUCAUGAAAGAUUCCUGUAACCUAUGUGAAAUCAAAUCGAAUGCCAUUCUCACAUUUUGUCUUAUUAAACAGAGUUUGUUUGUUAUAGCUGUAUAAAGUCUUUAUGCUUCAGCACAAUACUGUUUAAUAGUCACUUUUUAAUCCCGAGAAUUAUUUUUGCUUGAAUUCACGAGGUUGCCUUGAAACGAAAAUAAGAUUCUCGUGAAUAGUUUUGUGUAUAUACAUAUAUUUAGUGAUAAACAAAGUGGAUAUUCCCGACAAUCAUGUCUCACUGAUAAAUCUAUCAAAACAAGAUUGUGAAAAUAAGUCUCGUGAAAUAUAAGUGAUGUACAGUAAGAAAAGUGAACCAACCAUAAUUAUAAUGUCUUCCUCUUAAAUAUGCAAGUGAUGAGCAGCAUUAUUCUCAGAUUUGUGGCCAGAAAUGAUAAAAGCUAUUUGCAGCAAAAAUUUAUAAAAUUAAUGUAUAUAUAUAUAUAAAUGUAUUGAUUUUGAGAGCUGUACAAGUUUCACUGUUGACAUUCCUAUACUGUUAUUCACCUCUGCCUUACCUCUGUUACAAUGUUAUGGCCCUUGAUACUAAUACAAGUUAUGUCCCCUGACUCUGUUAUAUGAAUGUAUUAAAGAUAUUUUAGUGAACAGAUA